AUGAGCCUUAUUGUUGCCUUACCGCUAACGAUGAACCAUGAGGAACCAAUCAUCACCGUUGCUGACCAAAUCACUAGCAGUGGCACCACCACCGCCACCACCACUUCCUCAUCGACAAGUCCGCUCGAUCAAAAUUUUCUAACCAUGCCCCUUUGGGGUGGAAAACAGGUAGACGAUGAUGAAUUGUCUCUCUUUGAUGACAUUCACCAUCAAUUCAGUGCCAUUAAUCUCAUUGACAAUAGCAAGGAUGAUGAUAAUACGAAGACUAAAAGUAUUGCGCAAGUCAAAAGGGAAGAACAAGAGUCCAAAAUGAGAAGGGAAAUGACAAAAUUACUUGAAAUGUGUCUUCGAACCCAAGACAAUAAGAAUGACAUGAAACCAUCCAAAUCACGUGACAGCCUACGGAAAUUGGCGUCCAUGCUGGAACAACGAUUGUACCAAUCGGCCAUUUCCUUUGAAUCCUAUUGUGAUUUGCAGACAUUGGAAUCCAGAAUGCGAGUCGUCUUGUACCAGUUGCGAAAUCAACGAGAACAAAAGAAGCGUCAAGAAACAAGUCGGAUUUCCCAAAAACGGAGCCAAGUCCUCCAGCAAAUCAUGGGAGCUCAAGAAUACGCUCGAGCCGAAUGGUUGAUUUAUGAAAUUCAUCAACGCAAGACUACUCUAGCAGGUCAAUCGUGUGGUCAAUGUCGUCAACUGCCGAAUGGUUCCUUAUUGUGUCCGCUGCCACUGCCAAGAGGAGGAGGAAGACGAAAAACGACGACCCAACCCCUCGCUUCGUUUGGUGAACACUUGCCGACACCCGUCAAGAAUUUGUUCUUUCGAACACCCCUGUUGGAUGUCUUUGGCAAAUAUCCAGUCGACAGAAUUUUGAAAUUGCCAAAUCAUCAAUUGCAACGGCUCAUGGAUCAAGCAGAGAGACAUAUGGAAGAAUUUGAUGCUUGGAAUAUAUAG